CAAUUUAUCUAUACGGAAUCUCACCUUAAUCUCGUCUUCAAGUUAUGAACUUAUGACCUUUUUAUUCACAAUUUUACAAACAAUACUCCCUUUUCUCUCUCCUCCAUCACUCAUAAAUUCAUGAUACAUUCCCCAAGUCACAAUAAUUGAAAGCUGUUACAGUUAGUGUAUCUUUUGCGGCUGUCUUCUUCCCCACACUCUCCUCUUUCCCUCGCACUGUAAGAUGUAACCUGCAUUCAUUCCCGUCAGCCAGAAACAAUCCAAUUUUUUUUGGCUGACUUCACCAAUUUUCAAACCCACAAUUCUAUCGAUUUUCCCCAUCCCAAAUCAUUCAAUUUCUCAAUUUUGUUUUGUAUUUAAUUCUAACCCAACAACAAAUAUGGUAUCUACAUCUCAAAUUCCCAGCAAACCUCUACACAAAAUUCUAGCAUCCAAGCUAACCCUAACAAUCCCACCUUCGAAAUCAUCAUCUUCUUCACCUCCUACUGAAGAAUUCGAUUUCUCCGAUGUUUUUGGGCCCAACCCAACUCCUUCAUCUUCUUCCCAAGCUCCAUUACCGAGGGACCCACCAGUGAUUCACUACCGUACUCACUCUUUCCUGGGGCCCUCACCUCGUUACAUACCUAAUUCUCAACCUUUUCACCAAAUCCCAGAAGAAAUCAUAUCCCAGAUCACGGAUGAUGAUGAUGAAAUCGAGGUGAAAAGGGAUGAGAAUGAUGGGACUUUUAUCGAACAGUUGGUGUGCAUUGAGGAGGAGGAGGAGGAGAGAGAAGAUGGGGUUAUUUCGAAAGUGGGUCCCGAGGAUUUUGAGAUUUUGAGGGUAAUUGGGAAAGGGGCUUUUGGGAAGGUGUUUCAGGUUAGAAAGAAAGGGGGUUGUGGUGGUGAUGGCAGCGGCGGCGAUGGUAUUUUGGCCAUGAAAGUUAUGAGGAAAGAUAACAUUAUUAAGAAGAAUCAUGUUGAUUAUAUGAAAGCUGAGAGGGAUAUUCUUACCAAAGUUGAUCAUCCUUUUAUUGUUCAGCUUAGGUACUCUUUUCAGACAAAGUCGAAGCUUUAUCUAAUUUUAGAUUUUUUAAAUGGAGGACACCUGUUUUUUCAUCUCUACAGACAGGGGAUUUUCAGUGAGGAUCAGGCAAGACUUUACACUGCUGAGAUAGUAUCUGCUGUGUCGCAUCUUCACAAGAACGGGAUUGUGCAUCGAGAUCUCAAACCUGAAAAUAUUCUCAUGGAUGCUGAUGGACAUAUUGUACUCACUGAUUUUGGACUUGCCAAAGAAAUUGAUGAAUCAAGCAGAUCAAAUUCUUUGUGUGGAACCAUGGAAUACAUGGCUCCAGAAAUCAUACAAGCCAAAGGUCAUAACAAGAAUGCUGAUUGGUGGAGUAUCGGAAUCCUGUUAUAUGAAAUGUUAAGUGGGAAGCCUCCAUUCUCACAUGCCAACAGACAGAAACUCCAACAGAAAAUCAUUAAUGAGAAAGUUAAGCUUCCAUCAAUGGUAUCCACUGAAGCACAUUCUUUGCUAAGAGGACUGUUGCAAAAGGAUCCUUCAAAGAGGCUUGGUAGUGGGCCCGGUGGAUCGGAUGAAGUGAAGACCCACAAAUGGUUCCGUCCUAUCAACUGGAAGAAAUUGGAGGCAAAAGAAUUGCAGCCAAAGUUCAAACCAGAUGUGAACGGAAAGGAAUGCACUGCCAACUUUGACAAAUGCUGGACAACGAUGCCAGCAAACGACUCACCUGCUUCUACACCCACCGGUAAUGAACAUUUUGUAGGUUAUAGUUAUGUUGCUCCCAACCCGUGGCUUUCAUCUGAAUGAUACAGCAAAGAACAUGAUUCCUUGCCCACAUAAACUCGAGGUUGGAAAUGGCAGGACAAACUCACAACAGUUAACAAAGAAGAGAGGAGAUUCUCACUGGAUGGAAUGCAGAUAUUGUGAUAAUUGUACUAUAAUAGCAAUAGGAGAAAAUUGCGGUCUAUUUUUACAGUCGACAAAGGUGGUGAAACACUACUGAAACAGACUGUAAAUUUUGUCAAUAAUGGAUACGAACUUUGGAGGAUUGUAUCCUGCCAUUGGCAAAGGUCGGAAGACGAGGGAGGUUAAUUAUGCAUGUAAACUUUAUCUCUAACCAGUUCAGAAUAGAGAAAAAGACGGUUUUGAAGAAUAUACACAGAAAUUAUUGAAAUUCUCAUCAUUAUUCUUUCAGAUGUAUGAGGCCUAGUAUCCGAAAUGGCUAUUUUAAUUUUUGCUUAA